GUAAUUUUGACGUUUACAUAACCUUAAAUUUGUACUACUUAAUAGAAAGUAAUUUUUGAAAGUAAUGUAGUUUCGUGUAAUUAUUAAGUAUUCAUUCUGUAUAUAGUUUGCUAAAAAAAACUUAUUUAAAAUGGUUUUAAUGACUAUGAUUGCUCGUGUGGCAGAUGGUUUGCCUUUGGCUGCAACAAUGCAAGAAGAUGAACAGAGUGGACGAAAUAUAUUGGACUAUCAAAAUCAAGCAAAAAUGCUUUUUAGGAAAUUAGGACCUCAAUCUCCUCCUCGUUGUACCAUUGAAACUGGGCCGUAUUUAUUCCACUAUUUAAUAGAAAAUGAUGUUUGCUAUUUAGUUCUAUGUGAAAGAAAUUAUUCAAAGCGACUAGCUUAUUCCUAUUUGGAAGAUAUUGCACAAGAAUUUCAUUCUCAGUAUGGUAAGAGGGUAAACACUGUUACAAGACCAUACACAUUUAUAGAAUUUGAUACUUAUAUACAAAAAGCAAAAAAAAUAUUUACUGACUCGAGAGCAAGAAGAAAUAUGAAUGUACUCAAUAAUCAGUUACAAGAUGUCCAAAGGAUAAUGGUGCAGAAUAUUGAUGAUGUUUUACAAAGAGGAACUGUUCUUUCAGAGUUGGAUAUGAAAACCCAAAAUCUCUCAAUGUUAACUCAAAAAUAUAAAAAAGAUGCAACAUAUUUAAAUACCAAAUCGAUGUAUGUGAAAGCUGCUGCAGGAUGCAUUGUGGUAUUCUUAUUCUUUUUAUACUUCUGGAUUUUAUAAAUAUACAUCUGUAGGUAAUUGUGUACCAUACCAUAUUGAAUAAUGUAAAGCAUUUGUAUUAUUUGAAUAUAUUCCAUUACCAAAUAA